CCUCCUCCCUUCACACCAUCCCACGCAGCAGAGGAGGAAGGGGGGAAGAAAAAAAACCGCAGCCGUCUCGGGCGCCCACACUGCUCCUCCCUCCUCGCCAUGGCCGCCGCAGCCAUGCGUGCCCCGACCGCCGUGCUCCUCCUGGCGGUCCUCCUCCCGUUCGCGGCCGCCCCGUCCCGCGCCGCUACGCUGGCGACGUCGCCGUCGGCCUCCACCUCCACCGCCGCGUUCCAGCUCCACGGCGACGUCUACCCCACAGGCCACUACUAUAUCACGAUGAACAUUGGGGACCCAGCGAAGCCCUACUUCCUGGACGUGGACACUGGCAGUGACCUCACAUGGCUGCAGUGCGACGCGCCCUGCCAGAGCUGCAACAAGGUACCGCACCCAUUGUAUCGGCCUGCACCGAAGAAGCUUGUACCGUGUGCAGACUCUCUUUGCACUGCACUUCACAGUGGACUUGGCUCUGGUAACAGGUGCCCUUCACCGAAACAAUGUGACUACCGAAUCAAGUACACAGACAGCGCCACGUCUCAAGGUGUACUCAUCGCCGACAACUUCUCGCUGCCCUUGAGCAAGUCCUCCACCGUUCGUCCCAGCCUGACCUUUGGCUGUGGGUAUGAUCAGCAAGUCGGAAAAAAUGGUGAGAAGCCAGCAGUGACAGAUGGCUUGCUUGGGCUUGGGAGGGGAUCAGUUAGCCUUCUUUCACAGCUCAAGCAGCAAGGGAUCACCAAGAAUGUCCUCGGCCAUUGCCUGAGCACGAACGGAGGGGGGUUCCUCUUCUUUGGGGACGGUAUUGUGCCUACAUCACGCGUAACUUGGGUGCCAAUGGCUCGAAGUACAUCUGGGAACUACUACUCACCUGGCUCAGGAACACUGUAUUUUGAUAAGCGUUCACUAGGCCUGAAGCCUAUGGAGGUCGUAUUUGACAGUGGUAGCACGUAUACAUACUUUACUGCCCAGCCAUACCAAGCUGUUGUUUCUGCGCUCAAAGGUGGUCUCAGCAAAUCACUUAAACAGGUACCAGGCGACGAACUGCCUCUGUGCUGGAAAGGACAGAAGGCAUUCAAAUCCGUGUUUGACGUCAAGAAGGAAUUCAAGUCACUGCAUCUGAGCUUUGCCACUGGCAAGAAUGCCGUCAUGGAGAUCCCUCCUGAAAACUACCUCAUUGUCACUAAAAUUGGAAAUGUGUGCUUGGGCAUCCUUGAUGCAACUGUGGCUAAGCUGAGCUUCAGCAUAAUUGGAGAUAUCACGAUGCUGGAUCAGAUGGUGAUAUAUGAUAAUGAGAAAGCGCAGCUCGGAUGGGUGCGCGGACCAUGCAGUAGGAGCGCCAAGUCAAUUCUGUCUUCCAUCCCAUGACCAUUUCCCAUAUCUGAACUAUGAGCCCCUAAAUCCAUUUCUGUGUACUGCUGAUGGAAUCAAUGAAAAUUACCAAUAUCAUAAGAACUCCAUGCGAUGAUCAAUUUCCAACGGAAGAGUGCUAGCUUUUUACCAUCGGAAUAAAGUUUAUAUUAACAUGACAGGGGAAUGAGAGAUUUUAGUAGUGAAGGUUAGCUAGCGAGGCAGAUAAGGAAGUUACUGACAGAAGCUGUAUGUUCCUUCUGUUUAUAAUGAGAUGGAAUCCCAUCAUUCGUAAGGUUGGUCUGAGUUAUUCUCUGUAUGCCCUUUACUUGAACCUCCUCUGGAUUUCCUUUUUGAGUUAUUCUUCUGUUUAUUCCAUUGCAAUAAUACAGAUGAAUUUAUGUACAAAUAAAGGUAAAUAAACUGAAAGACCAAAGAAUUGGUUGGAUAA